GAUGUCCAAUAUCAGCCUCAGAAGACGUCCGAAUACCAGUCUCUGGUCUCAGAUCGACGUAUCGGUGAUCCAUAUCGGACGUUCAAAGCCGAGAGAUAUGACCUUAUUUUGACACUUUGCGUUCGGUAUCUGUCAAGAAGAACAGCCUCAGCUGUUGACCGCUGACAAGACGAGAUAGGACAUCGGUGUCUUCUCGGGCAUAUUCUUACUUGGAAGACCGAUCCGAUUUUCAUUCGUUGCCCUGGUGGACAUCAUUGGGACUUGAUUGCUAUUUGCGGUAUAUGAUGGUCCUUCUAAUCUUCUUCCUUUCGCCUCCCACUCCAUAAGCUCACACAUCCAAACUCGAGCUACUAUACUAACAACCAUGCCCAUUAUUAACUUUCCCCCUACGACAGACAUCGGUCCCAAUGACAUGACUGGCGACCAGCUCGCCCUUCCUAUUUUUGAGAGAGUAUCCACCAUCACAAAGCAUGGGAAAAUCACUGGCGGACGUGUGAAGAAUGGUUGCCAGGUUUUUCUCAACGUACCUUAUGGCAUCGAUGUCCCUCGAUGGACCGACCCCCAAUCCUUACCUGAAGGCUACAAAUACGCUGAAGAGCCAUUUACAGUCGAUGGCAAGUACUGUGCCCAGCCAGAACGAACCUACCACCAGACCAACUCUAUCCGCGACCGCCUAGGUCUUGGCAAGCCCACAGAGAAUCCCUUCUUCGCAGACAUCUACAUCCCAUCGGAUUAUCCCCUCUCGUCCCCCGGCGAAAGACCCCUUUUGCCUGUGAGAGUCUUCAUCCAUGGUGGUUUCUUGCAGUACGGCAGCACUUCUGGACAGAAUUACAAUCAGCAAUUCUUUGCUGCUGAGCACUACAACGAAGUUCGAGUCCUCCUUGGGCACCGAGUUUCCAUCUUGGGUUUCUUGGGAUGCGAAAAACCCAAAAUUUCUGGUAACUUUGGUUUCAAAGACUGCUGGCUUGGCCUUGAGUGGGUCAAGGAAAAUGUUGCUUCCUUUGGUGGUGAUCCCAACCAGAUCCACCUUAGUGGGCUGAGCGGCGGUGGGCAUGUUGUCCACCAACUUGUCCACCAAGCCGCUAGACUCGCACCCAAACCUGCGCCUUUUAUCACCGCCCACCUCCAAUCUAACGCGAUCCUCGCCGACCCACUCACCCCUACCGCGCGUAACGCCCAGUUCACCGCGUUCUGCGAAAGCGUCGGUAUCGACCCUUCUAUCCCAAACGUCCUUGAAGGACUCCGCGACACUAGCAAAUUCUCGACAGAUAGGAUUAUCAAGGCAGUUCAGGAUAUGGGUGAGCUGUGUACCUUUCGUGGCAUAGUGGGCGAUGAUGGAUGGGUAAGAGCGGAUGAGAUGGAGUUUCAGAAAAAUGGAGGUUUGGCAAAGGGCUUGAGGGAAGCUGGUGUUCAUUGUAUUGUCGUCGGGGACGUAAGGGAUGAAGACUUUUUCUAUCGCGGAGUACAUCCCUGCAAGAAAUACGAUGAUUUGGUGCCCAAUAUCGCUAGAUAUUAUCCUUACGAUCAGUCCCAAAAAUUCCUGAACUCUUACUAUCCCAUCCCCAUGGACUCUUCUCCGACCGAACUCGACGAUCGAUUAGGUCGUAUUCUCGCGGACGGUCAGGUUCACCUCCCCGUUCGGCUUCUCGCCAAAGACCUCGCAGCAUAUUCUUUCCCCGCCGUCCGGUACGCUAUUGAGUCUGUCCCUGUCGCUUACGGUACAAUGGCAAAGCAUCCCAUGGUACCGAUCUGGCAGUUCACCAGUUGCGUUUGUCGAUGCUGACCCCGGAAGAGACGUCUGCGGUUCUCAAAUUUAACAAGAUUCUUUGGGAUGAGGUCGCGGAGGCGGUUAAGGGUGAUAGGAAUUUUAAGCAGAAGGAGGAGGAGGAGAUGCUGGUGCUUAGUAAAGAUGGGACGACGAUGUGGAAAGCUGAUUGGAGGUGGCCCCAGUUGAGGGAAGCGGAGAAGGUGUUUAGGCCUUAGUUUCUGCUAUUCUCAGAUUCGUUGUUAUGGUUAUCUUCGUUGUAGUCGGU